UGUCACGACGGGUGUUGUGUAUGGUUGUAUAGUUAUAGAUUUGUAAAUAAAUUAAUAUAAUAAAUUAUAUUUAAGUGGCACUAGCAUUCUUAUAUCAAAAUAUGGCAACAGGAGUUGAUAAACAGUUUUUCGGACCCCUGACUUUACACCAACAGGCGAAAGUUGCUACAAUUUUCAAGACAGAUGAACCAAAAGAUUGUACUUGUAUUUUAUGUGAUGAAAAAUUUCUUUUACCAGAGUAUGAACAGCAAUUGCUCACUCAUUUAUUCGUAUCACAUCGUUUAGUGAUAGCUGAUGUUAAUCAAAUAGCAGAUUUGAGUGAUUACGUUUUAUAUUGGAGGAUGCGGUUAAAAGAUCAUGAUCUGCCAUACUUCUGUACCACAAUGUUGUUGGACAGUAAACCUGACGGUACUCAGUCAAAAAAUGAAGAAUAUUAUCUAUUAAGUGAUGUACACCCUGAGGACAAGGAACUACGCAGCAAUUUACUUCAAAAAAGGUUAGAAAAACUUCUAGAAAUACAUGCUUUUGAAAGGGAAGACAAGAAUUAUGAGCGAGAAUGUUUAUUUUGUCGGAAUCAAACAAACACAACAAGGGCAAGUUAUUUGAAUCAUUUAUUCGAAAAGCAUAACUUUUAUGUCGCUAAGCCGGAAAAUAUAAUCUUCAUAGAUGAUCUUAUAGAUCUUAUAGCUUUAAAACUAAAAAACCUUCAGUGCAUUUAUUGUGAAGGUGUGUUUAAAGAUCGAAUGAUUCUCAAAGAGCACAUGAGAAAAAAAGGCCAUAAGAGAAUAAAUCCAGGUAACAAAGAGUAUGAUAAAUAUUUCUUAGUGAAUUAUUUAGGUGACAAACCGAAAACAACAAAUCAAGCAUGUAAGAAAUACCAUCAACAUAUACAAAAAACUAAGCAAUGGGCAAACAAAGAAUGUGAUCAGGAUUCUGAUGUUGACAGUGAUCCUGAUUGGUCACAGUGGACUGAGGAGAAUGGACCGUUGAUCACUUGUUUACUCUGUGAUCAUGGAGAAACAGAAUACCAAAGUAUACUCGACCAUAUGGAGCAAAAACACGAUUUCUCAUUCACGAAAAAAACAACCGACUUACCAUUCUAUCACAAGAUUAAAAUAGUCAAUUUCAUACGAAGACAUGUGUAUUUAAAACAAUGUUGGUCGUGUGAUACAAAGUUUGAUGACGCAAAGAAUCUUGAAAAGCAUUUGAAAGAAAAGAAACAUUGGCAAUUGCCAGAAAAAAUGUGGGAUCAACCAGAGUAUUAUUUUCCAACGUAUGAAGAUGAUUUGUUUCUAUGUUUUAUUAAUGAUAACAAUGAUAGCUGGUGGUUAAGUGAUGAUGAAGACACAAAUAUGAUGAGUGAUGAUAUAUCUAGGGAAAUGGCGUUAUCCGUCUUAGAUGAUUAAAAAUAUUUUAUCUCAAUCUAUUAUGAAACUGUAAUUUUACCUAACUUUUUACUAAUAUUAUAUUCAAAAUUCUGAACGGAUGUUGGACUGCUAAUGGAACAGAUUUGGAUAAAAUUUGAAUAUUACAUAGUGGAAUAGCUUAUAGCUUAGCUUUGAAUUUGGAUAUAGUUAUAAAUGUGUAUAUUAGAGGAAGUUUGAAAGUAGCGCCAGUGGUGGAGAAAUUGAGAAGCAAAAGGUUAGUAUGGACA